AUGUACGAAUCAGUGAUCGACACAUGUCAUGUUCCAUUGAAGAACAUCACACUCAUGGGCCAUAGUCUUGGCGCGCAUAUAAGUGGUUUUGCCGCGAAGCACUUCCAGAAAUCGGGUUACGGUAAGAUUCCGCUUCUCAUAGGCGCCGAUCCCGCGGUUCCUUUAUUCGAAUUGCAAAAUUGCGAGAACAGAUUUUGCAAAAAGGAUGCCGAACGUGUAAUAGCUCUUCACACGUCGGCUUUCGGAUUACAAAUAUCUCUAGGUCAUCUCAAUUUGUGGUUCAAUAACGGAUUAGUUCAACCAGCAUGUGGUGAUAAUUAUUAUUUAACUUGA